AUGCCAUUUUCUUUGUAUGAGAAGCUUGGGUUAGGAGAGCUUACACCCACUCGUAUGUCGUUGUCCUUGGCUGGCCGUUCAGCCAAGUAUCCUCGUGGGAUAGUGGAGAAUCUGUUGGUAAAAGUGGAAAAAUUCGUAUUUCCUGUGGACUUUGUCGUUCUUGACAUGGAGGCCGAUGAGAGAGUUCCUAUUAUUCUGGGCCGUCCAUUCCUUAGAACCGCAAGGGCGAUCAUCGACGUCUUUGACGGUAAGAUUUCUCUUCGCGCGGGUGACGAGAUUGUCACAUUAGAGAUAGACAGAGCGAUGCAGCACCCUGGUGGUAGAGACGACGAUAGCGGGCCGUGUCAUUCCGUCUACUUUCUAAACUCUUUCAUAUCUUGUGUCGACACGUGUCUCGAGUACAUCAGUGGGGCCGAUCUAGUAGGUGAGGGAGUUGUUGACGAGCUUGAUGAAGAAGAAGUUGAGGAGUAG